AGCAUGGGCCGGCUGCUUUGAACUCCUGAAGACUUGCUCUACCAGAAACGUUGCUGCCUGCCAUGUCAGUUACCCAGCCCCGGGGGGGGGGUGUGGUGCUCUGAUGAGAGGCUUUUCCAGCUGAGAGCUUCUGGGCAGGAGGCCAAAUGCUCUCCUGAGUUCAGCCUUGGCGGCGCUUUUCCUGCUCUUGCUCCCGGUUCUCCAGGAGAGGGGAAGGUGUAAGACCAAUCUCUGUCGCUCCUGGGGACCGUGUGUGUGUCAGACCAGGAAGCCGGGAGCAAGAUCCUGGUGGCUUCUGCCCCAGUGCCAGCGGGCGUGUGCGUGCACGAGCACCAGCCAGCCGGUCAGCCAAAGUUUUUUGCCUAGAGCACGCACCGGGUCUUAAGUAUUUCCGUUCAACUGGGAUCAGCAUUGCCUGCCUUGGUGGGACUUCUGUCCGAUGGUUCAGCUCGGCUCUUCCCCUCAUGGCAUCCAUCCUAGCCUCCAAAGCCUGCGGGCCCCUCUCCGGAUAGUUUUCUCCAUGCGGACCGGACAAGGGGCAUGAAGGUGGCCUGGAGAGGUCAGGGCAGGUGGAAUGUCGGGCUUCCACUUAGUGACGUCUCAGACCUGCCCCAGCUCCCCUGGGGGUUCACGGAUCCCAUCCCUGAAGAAAAUUUGCUCUAUGUGAUUUGGAAAAAGAUGCACUUGUUCCGCAGUUACAGCUAUCAGAUCCAGCUGGAGGGGCAGGUGGGCAGCGCCCCAAGGAUCCAGGGUAUCCGCUGGACUCCUCUUCCAGACAGUGAAUCAGUCUUGGUGCCUGGCCACAGCCUGAAGCAGGCUUCAUCGAACAAAAUUCAGAGAGCAGGACGGCUGCUCUGUGCACACUUGGUAAUCAUGUACCCGGACCUAAUCCGUGAUCAUAAGCACCACCUUCGGCUUCACAGGCAGUGCUGUUCUGGGAAGGAGCUGGUGGAUGCAUUGCUCAGCGCAGGGCUUUCUGUUCAGACCCGCAGCCAGGCCCUUGGACUCUGCCAGGUGCUGAUGGAUGAAGGGGUCCUGGCUCAUGUGCGACAGGAGAGCUAUUUCCAGGAUCGUGAUGCACAGUUCUUCCGUUUUAUGGCCCUGGAGCCAAGCGCUGAAGACCGGGAUGGUGAGGAACUCUUGGAGGCACUGGCAUUGCUCACCCAACUGGGCCCCACCGCAUUGCUCACUACCAUCCUGCGCAAACCCCCGGGCCAGCGCACGGAUGAGGAGCUUGCACUGAUCUUUGAGGAGCUGCUGCACAUUAAAGCUGUUGCCCAUCUCUCCAGUUCAGUGAAGAGAGAACUGGCUGCUGUCCUGCUGUUUGAAUCCCAUGCAAAGGCUGGAACUGUGUUAUUCAGCCAAGGAGACAAGGGCACCUCCUGGUACAUCAUCUGGAAGGGAUCAGUCAAUGUUGUCACACAUGACAAGGGCUUGGUGUCCACCCUGCAUGAGGGGGAUGACUUUGGGCAGCUGGCUCUGGUGAAUGAUGCCCCCCGUGCAGCCACCAUCCUCCUCCGUGAAGACAGCUGCCACUUCCUACGUGUGGACAAACGGGACUUCAAUCGCAUCCUCAAGGAUGUUGAAGCCAACACCCUGCGGCUGAAGGAACAUGGGAUGGUGGUGCUUGUUCUGGAGAAGAAUUCAAAAGGCAGUACCUCCAGUCACCUUCCUGGGACUCCAGGGAGCAGUAGGUAUUCAGUGAUGGCUGGGACCCCUGAAAAAAUACUUGAUUAUCUGUUGGAAUCCAUGCGUCCAGACUCCACCCUCUCUGAUCCUGUAGACACCUUCCUUGGAGAUUUCCUUCUGACGCACGAUGUAUUCAUGCCAACGCCACAGCUGUGCCGAACUCUGCUCCAGCACUUCCAUUCGGAACCUUCGGAGGGCACUGAACAGGACAAAGCUGCCUACAUCCUGGGGAAAAGGCAGAAGAUCCUGUGGCUGGUGAAUCAAUGGGUGUUGCUCUAUGGCCGCCUGCUGCAGGCAGAAUCCAGUGCUGUGUCCUUCUUGCAGAGCCUGUCUGAAUGCGCUGUCCAGGAUGCUCGUCUGGGCCCCCUUCUUAGGGAACAGAUGCAGGAUCGCCGGAGGAACCGAGUGUUAGAAAACGGCAGCAACUGUGCAUCUCCGAAGCUUCAGGUGCGAAGCGCUGUGGACUGGUUUGCCAGCCAGGAGCAACCAUUUCUGAACAGCAGCUACACUAUCCGAGCCAGGGACAAAGUCCCAUAUGACGUAUACAGGCCAGACUAUUCCUGCCUCACGACGCUGCUACAGGUGAAUGCUUCAGUUCAGGAAGUGCUUGCGUCACUGGCAGACUGUCCUGGUUGGGGCAAAGAAUGGAUCCUUGUCAAGGUCAAUUCAGCAGGAGAUAAAGAGGUGUUGCCCAUGGAGACCUUUGGUGUGUUUACAUCCCUGGGAUUGAAUGAGAGACUCUUUGCUGCCAGUGUCCAGGAACUUCACAGCUUGGCCCCUCACCCUGAGCAGCAAGGCCCCACUGUAGGCUCUUCAGAAAGCCUGGAUUUCAUCAGUUCCAAGGACCUGGCCAAUCAGUUCACUGAGCAUGACUGGAACCUCUUCAAGAGCAUCCAUCAAGUGGAGCUGUUCUACUACGUUUUUGGGCCGCAGAAGUUUCCCAAUGCAACCACGGCCAACCUAGAGCGCUUCCUGCGUCGUUUCAAUGAGCUGCAGUUCUGGGUCACCACUGAACUCUGCCUUUGUCCUGAUGUUAUCAAGAGGGCCCAGCUGCUCCGGAAAUUCAUCAAACUGGCUGCACACCUGAAGGACCAAAAGAACUUGAACUCCUUCUUUGCAGUGAUGUUUGGCCUGAGCCAUUCCACCAUCAGUCGCCUCUCCAGGACCUGGGAGAAGCUUCCACACAAGACGCGAAAGCUGUACGGCACCAUGGAACGAAUGCUGGACCCUUCAUGGAAUCACCGUGUCUAUAGGCUGGCCAUGGCCAAGCUGACUCCACCCUUGAUCCCCUUUAUGCCCCUUCUUCUUAAAGACAUGACCUUCAUCCAUGAGGGCAAUCGCACAUUGGUGGAGAACCUUGUCAACUUUGAGAAGCUGCGCAUGACAGCCAAGGCAGUUCGUCUCUUGCAUCAUUGCCGGAGUCACCCCAACCUUCCACUUUCACCCCUGCGGAGUCGUCCUCAGCACCUCCUGGAAGAAGCUCGGGCAAUGCGGGCAUCGACCUGUUCAGAGCAAUCCCUCAGCACUCGGAGCCCAGCUGCUACCUGGACCUACAUCCAGCACCUGAGAGUGAUUGACAGCCAGAAGGAACUUCUGCGGCUUUCCCGAGACCUUGAAUCCUGAUGCUGCAAGAAGCCCAGGCUAGGACACGAGAUGUACAUAUGACCUGAGCUGGGUCAAGAACUGCUAGGAAGGGUACCUUCUCAUGGGUUAGCUCUGACUUCAAGACUGGGCAGUGUUGGGAGGUACCAAGCAGAUGGGAAAGUUCCUCAUUCUCUUGGUGGUACCCUUCCUCUCUAUCCUGGAGCCAGGAAGAGUAGGUGCCAGCUUUGCCCAGGCCAGAGAAAGGAUGUGCCUGCUGCUAUCGAUGAUGCUUUUGUAGGCUGCAGAGUUUCUGGUUUGAAGACAGGCUGCUUUAUGGACCACAUGUGACUGCCUUAUGGUGAAAGAAGCAAAAGUUCCCAUGUAUCACUUAUCAGUGUUCAACAGAAGUGUGGUGGUUUAUUUGUUCUUUUUUUUAAAAAAAAAAGCAUAUGGCAAGA